AUGUAUAAAAUGGAAUAUUCUUACUUGAACUCUGCUUACGAACCCUGUAUGCCUGGAAUGGACACUUCCAGUUUAGCAUCAGCGUAUGCCGACUUCAGCUCCUGCAGCCAAACCGGUGGAUUUCAAUACAACCCAAUACGGACUACUUUCGGGGCAACAACCGGCUGUCCCCCACUGGCACCCGGCACCUGCAGCUUGGGCCCUCUACGAGACCACCAGAGCAGCGCAUACUCUGCAGUCCCAUACAAAUUGUUCACGGACCACGGUGGACUGAAUGAGAGGAGGAAACAGAGGCGCAUAAGAACAACGUUUACCAGCGCGCAAUUGAAGGAGUUAGAUAGAGUCUUCGCGGAGACCCACUACCCAGACAUUUAUACACGCGAGGAGCUUGCUCUCAAAAUUGACCUGACUGAAGCUCGAGUUCAGGUGUGGUUCCAAAAUAGGCGUGCAAAAUUUCGUAAGCAAGAACGCGCUGCCGCUGGGUCGGCCAAUGGAUCCCCGGGGAAGAAGGCAGAUUCACGGGAGGAAGACAAGGAACCUAAAGUUGCCGACCCAGAUAGUACGGGAGGGCCAGGACCAAAUUCGAACCCCACCUCUUCCUGCGAUGGACUCAGCCCUGCCUCUGGAAUAACGGGGAACGGGCACUCAAUUGAGUCUAUCAAGACUUCACCAGUUGGGACUAUUGGACCCGCGACGUCAAGUCCUGGGUGGACUUCGCCUACAAGCGCCAUUACAAACUUGCCCGAUUCUCUGGGAGGACCAUUCGCCAACGUCCUGUCUUCCAUACAAAGACAAAACGCUAAUAAAGCAGGACUCAUAAAAACAAGCAUGUUUUAA